AUGAACAACCUGGAGGAAGGGGUGGAGUUCCUCCCUGCCAUGAACUCCAAGAAGAUGGAGAAGCGCGGCCCAAAGUGUUGGGUCGUCCUCACCGGCGUGGUCGUCGGCAUCCUCCUUGUCUCCCUUGUCACCGGCCUCCUGGUCUGGCACUUCAAAUACAGGAAUGCAGCCGUCAGGAAGGUUUUCAAUGGCCACUUGAGGAUUCUGAACUGGGACUUCCUUGAUGCUUAUGAGAACUCCAGCUCUCCAGAGUUCAUCAUGCUGGCCAAGAAGGUGAAGAGCACGGUGGAGGAUAUCUACAGGGAUCAUGGAGAUAUUGGCCCUUACCACAAAGAGACCGUGAUAACCGCGUUCAGCGAAGGCAGUGUCAUUGCCUACUACUGGUCAGAGUUCCUUGUCCCCAAGUACCGGGAGGAGAGCCUGGACCGGGCCAUGGCCGACAAGCAGAGCCUGGUGCAGAAGCUGAACACGCGCCUGCGGAACCCCGUGCUGCAGGUGGAGUCGGUCGUGGCUUUCCCUGCGGACCCCACCAUAGCUUACUCCUCUCGGGACAAUAUCUGCAUGUUUGCCCUCCACGCCAAGGAAGGGGAGAUCACCACUUUCACCACACCAGGCUUCCCCAACAGCCCCUACCCCAACAAUGCCCUCUGCUACUGGACCCUGAGGGCAGAUGCCAACUCCAUCAUCAGCCUGACCUUCAAGACGCUGGAGCUGGAGCCGUGCACGGACGACAGUGACUACAUCAAGGUGUACAACUCCCUGAGCCCCGUGGAGCCCCACGCACUGGUCAGGCUCUGUGGGAAUUACGCCCCGUCCUACAACCUGACCUUCCUGUCCUCCCAGAACGUCAUGCUCGUCACGCUGGUGACCAACAAGGAGGGCAGAUUCCCCGGCUUCAAGGCUGAGUUCUUCCAGCUCCCAAAGAUGAAAGUCUGCGGUGGGGUUCUGAGAGGAGAGCGUGGCACCUUCACCACUCCCUAUUACCCAGCACACUACCCCCCAGCCAUGGACUGUGUCUGGAACAUCGAGGUUCCUUCUAGGAAGAACGUGAAGGUGCGUUUCAACAUGUUCUUUGUGCUGGAGCCCGGGAUCCCGGUCAGCUCCUGCACCAAGGACUAUGUGCAGAUCAACAGCACGAGGUACUGUGGGGAGCGGUCCCAGUUUGUGGUGGCCAGUACCACCGGCAGGAUAGAGGUCCGGUUCCACUCGGACCAGUCCUACACAGACACUGGCUUCUCUGCUGAGUACCUGUCCUAUGACUCCAGUGACCCCUGCCCCGGGCAGUUCACCUGCAACACGGGGCGCUGCAUCGACAGGAGCAUGCGCUGCGACGGGUGGCUGGACUGCGUGGAUGGCAGCGACGAGAGAUCCUGCACCUGCACCGACGAGCAGUUCAGGUGCCAGAACGGCUGGUGCAAGCCCAAGUUCUGGGUCUGUGACAACGUGAACGACUGUGGCGACAACAGCGAUGAGCUGCAGUGCAGCUGCGCCGCCGACAGCUUCAAGUGCAGCAACGGCAAGUGCGUCCCCAGCGCGCGCAAGUGCGAUGGCAAAGACGACUGCGGGGACGGGAGCGACGAGGGCACCUGCGGCAAAGGGGUCCAGGCGACGGUGUCAUGCAAGGAGUACACCUACAAGUGCCGCAGCGGGCACUGCAUCAGCAAACAGAACCCGGAGUGCGAUGGGGAGCAGGACUGUGAGGACAAUUCUGAUGAGGACAACUGCAGUGAGUAGCCUGGGGAGGGGGGGACAUGGGGUUGGGGUUAGAAACACGUAAGUCUGCAGAGAAAACAGGAAGUGUUCAAGGCCAGGUUGGACACAGGGGCUUGGAAGGUCCCUUCCAACCAUUCCAUGUGCCCUGUGACUCCCAGGUACUCAGACCCCAGCCUGUGGACAGCCUACCUGGGCCUCACGGACCAAGGCGACCGCAGCGGCGCCAACGUGCAGAUGCGGAAGAUCAAGCGCAUCAUCUCCCACCCCUACUUCAACGACUACACCUACGACUACGACAUCGCCGUGAUGGAGCUCCAGACCCCUGUCACCUUCUCCUCUGUUGUCCAGCCCAUCUGCCUGCCCGACGCCACACACAACUUCCCUGUGGGCAAGGACCUGUGGGUGACCGGGUGGGGAGCGACGGCGGAAGGAGGCAGCGGCGCCUCCGUCCUGCAGAAGGCAGAGAUCCGGAUCAUCAACCAGACCGUGUGCAACCAGCUGCUGACAGACCAGCUCACACCACGGAUGAUGUGCGUGGGGAUCCUGACCGGCGGCGUGGACGCCUGCCAGGGGGACUCGGGGGGGCCCCUGGUGAGCGUGGAGCCCAGCAGCCGCAUGUUCCUGGCCGGGGUGGUGAGCUGGGGCGACGGCUGCGCACAGAGGAACAAGCCCGGCGUGUACAGUCGCCUCACGAGCCUGCGGGACUGGAUCCAGCAGCAGACGGGGCUGUAA